UUACUCUAAACAAUCAACUAAUUACCACAAAAAGUGUAUUUCUAAUUUCUGAUGGUAACAAUAAUCUCUCGAAACAAUUAAUUGCUUCAUUUCGCUGAUUUGUUUUGAUUAACUUUCUUUCAUCACAAGAGGAACAUAGAAACCAAGUAACCAAGACGAUUUUUAGUCAUUCUCUUUGUUUUUUGUUUCUUUUUCCUCUUAUUCCUCCUCAACACCUAAUCUAUUGUCCACCCCACCUUGAUUUUCAUCUUAAUUAGCGAUUUUUAUCAAUGAUUAUGCUUUAAAUUGUCCCAAUUGUCUCAAAGAAUCAACCAAUCAAUCAAACGGUUAUCAAUUGGUUAACCUUUUUUUUUGUUUUCACUUUUGUUUUCAUCUCAUUUCAUUGUGAUGGUUAAUAAAACCAAUUGUUAUCACCGUGAUUUAAGGUUAAUUGUUGGUGUCAUUAGAUGGCUGAGAUCCAUUGUUUUGGUUCUAUAAUUGGUACUGAUGAUGAUUUCGGUGGUGACACUGGUCUAUUUGCUAAAUGGAAGAUCACUUAUGGUUCUAAUUGGCAAUUGAUUGAAGGCCAUUCUUCGGGCGAUACUCAGGUUGAUUUCUCUUCAAUUGAUUCUCGCUGUUAUUGGUCUCAUCCGAUUGAUGUUCACUUUGUAACUAACGGAAUUCAAAAUUGGCCUCGAAUAGAAUUUCAAGUUUUCAAAGAAGAUUCAUUCGGUCGCAUCUCUUUCGUCUCUUAUGGUUUCCUUCAUUUACCCUCUUCUCCUGGAUACCAUAGGUUAAAGUGCUACACUUGGAAACCAAUCGGUGGUAUUACUGAUAGAAUUCACUCUUUCUUCACUGGAUCAUCACUAAUUUUAAGAAAUUCUGACAUAAUUUACUCUAAUUGUGAUCGAUUUAGAGUUCAAACAGAAAGUAAAGGAACCAUUUUACUCGAUCUUUACCUGAUCAUCAAAAAUUUUGACCGUUUCGGUGUUGAACUUAGUUGA